UGUAGUCCGCCUGCAUGUCCGCGAGAGAAAUGGUAUGUCACGGAUACAGCAUUUUUAAGAAAUAUAUCAAGUAUGCGAGCCGAGGGGGAACAUGACAGCACACCGCCGAGAGAAGAUUUCACCCCCGUUAUUUCUGACCGUCCUCUUCGGUCCGGGGAGAGGAGUUUUUUGCUAUGCUGUACUGAUCCUCGUCUGCGCACUGUGCUACAGUAACUCUCUGCGAGGGGAGUUCGUGCACGACGAUGUUUGGGCUAUCAUCAACAACCCCGACGUCAGGCCAGGGUCCAGUCUGGCCAACAUUUUCUUCAAUGACUUUUGGGGAAAGAGGAUGGCUGAUAACACAAGCCACAAAUCUUACAGACCGCUGUGUAUCCUCACGUUCAAGCUGAACGCAGUGCUGGGCGGUAUGACUCCUCUGUACUUCCACCUGCUGAACGUGUGUCUGCACGGUGCCGUGACCUCGCUGCUCAUGCACACGUGUGAGCGGAGCGUGUUCAGCGACAGCCGCCCCGCCUUCCUCACCGCCCUGCUCUUCGCCGUGCACCCCAUCCACACGGAGGCGGUGUCGGGCAUCGUUGGGAGAGCUGACGUCCUGGCCUGCUUGCUGUUCCUGCUCACCUUUCUCUCCUACAUUAGGAGCGUGGACAGGAGCAGCUCAGCAGAGACAGCGCCCCCUACAGUGUCGUCCUGCUCCCUGCUGCUCAGCCUGCUGCUGGGGACCUGCGCCAUGCUGGUGAAGGAGACCGGCCUCACUGUGUUCGGCGUCUGCGUGCUGUACGACGGCCUGGUGCUGUGCCACAAGCCACUGCUCUCGUACCUGUCCUGUGCCAAAAUGAAGGAUAUCCCACGAGCCUCUUGGCCCUUCAUCAAGCGCACCUGCGUGGUCACUGUCUACGUGGCGAUCAUCAUGUCCCUGCGCCUGUGGGUCAUGGGCGGCUCCAUGCCUCUGUUCUCUGAGCAGGACAACCCAGCCUCCUUCUCCCCACACCUCCUCACCAGACUCCUGACCUACUGCUACCUGCUGGCCUUCAACGCCUGGCUGCUGCUGGCCCCGGCCGUGCUCUGCUACGACUGGCAGGUGGGCAGCAUCCCGCUGGUGGAGUCCCUGUGGGACCCGCGCAACGUCGCCACCUUGCUGCUGGGAGUGGCACUGCUGUCCCUCUGCCUGCACUGCCUCGCCGCGCUACGGAGGCCCGAGGAGAAGGAGGUGCUGGUGGGGCUGCUGUUCCUGGUGUUCCCCUUCAUCCCGGCCUCCAACCUCUUCUUCAGAGUGGGCUUCGUGGUGGCUGAGCGGGUCCUCUACAUGCCCAGCAUGGGGUACUGCAUCCUGGUGGUGCACGGGCUGACCCGGCUGUGCUCGGCGGUGGGCAGGUGGGGCGUCACGGCGCUCACCGUCUCCAUGCCCCUGCUGCUCCUGCUCUUCUCCUGGAAGACCGUCCAGCAGAACCAGAUCUGGCUGUCCCGCGAGGCCCUCUUCAGAUCUGGAAUCCAGACUCUGCCCCAUAAUGCCAAGGUCCACUAUAACUACGCCAACUUCCUGAAGGAUCGAGGCCGAAACCAGGAAGCCAUCCAUCACUACAAAACUGCUCUGAGGCUGUACCCGCGGCACGCCAGCGCCAUGAAUAACCUGGGCACCCUCACACACCACCCAGAGGAGGCCGAGCGCUACUACAGACGGGCCCUGGAGAUCAACCCCCUGCACAACAGAGCUCUGUUCAACCUGGGGAACCUGCUCAAGUCUCAGGGGAAGGAGGAGGAGGCCGAGCAGAUGCUGAGGAACUCCGUCAUCUUUGGGCCGCACUUCGCUGACGCCUACUCCAGCCUGGCUUCCCUAUUCGCCGAGCAGAAGCGGUUUGCUGAAGCCAACGAGGUCUACCAGCAGGGCAUUGAGAACUGUCCGGACAGCUCAGAUCUGCACAACAACUACGGGGUUUUCCUGGUGGACACAGGUGAGGGGGAAAGGGCGUCCGUGCACUACCAGCAUGCAGUGCGGCUCAAACCCGCGCACUACGUCGCCAUGGUGAACUUGGGCCGGCUGCUGCGAUCGUCCAAUGAGAACAAGGAGGCGGAAGCCUGGUAUAAGAGGGCGCUGCAGGUGGCGCGGAAGGUGGAGAUCCUGACCCCGCUGGGGGCGCUGUACUACAACACGGGACGCUACGAGGAGGCCCUGCAGGUGUACCGCGAGGCCGCCGCCCUGCAGCCCGACAGCGCCGACAUCUGGCUGGCCCUGGCCCAGGUGCUCGCCAUGGCGGGACGCUCCAAGGAGGCGGAGAAGAUGACCUUCGGGAUCAUCGCCAAGAACGCCGGCUGCAUCGAGUGCUACCGCCUGCUGUCCGCCAUCUACAGCAAGCGUGGGAGCCACGACGAGGCUCUGGGCGCUCUGGAGAAGGCCCUGCAGCAGGGCCCCAGGGAGGCGGGUGUGAGGGCGGAGCUGCUCUUCUCUCAGGGGAACCAGCUGAGGGAGAUGAACAUGCUGGACAGAGCCUUUGAGAGCUACAGGCUGGCUGUGGAGCUCAAUCCUGACCAAUCGCAGGCCUGGAUGAACAUGGGAGGUAUACAGCACAUCAAGGGAGACUACGCCUCGGCACGGCAGUACUACCAGAGGGCCCUGCAGCUGUCCCCUGGCUCCAAGCUGCUGAAGGAGAACCUGGCCAAGCUGGACCGCCUGGAGAAGAGGCAGAACGGAGCGUAG